AUGAAUUGUUUUGGUAUGUGUAUAAUAGUUCAGAAUUUUCCUGUGAUUUUAAGGGGGCUAUAUUUUAUUUCAGGUCAACCUUUUUUGAGAGGAGGGUGGGGGGAGUGGUACUGGAUAUCCUUUAAGAGUUUGAAAUUCCAGGCCAUCUUAAUUCUUAAUUCUGACUUGAUCUGCAUCCUUUUUCACUCAUUCUCGUUAUUAAUAAUUUGUAUCUUAAAUGUGCAAUUUACUAUGUUUUGGAUAGUUCUGAGCAAGCCAACUUGAAACCAAAAACAGGAAUAAUGCUUCUGAAUAUGGGUGGCCCAGAGACAACAAAUGAGGUUCAUGAUUUUCUCUUGCGACUUUUUUCUGAUCGUGACCUUAUGGUUUUACCUGCUCAAAGGUUUGUAAAGCAAUCUUUUGGUCUAGUUAGUUAAGUUUUAAACAUCUGUUUAGCAAACAGUAGUGCAUGUAAUAAGAAAAAAAUGACUAAAUAGAUACAUUUGAGUAAGUAAUGAAAGAAAUAUAUUAUAACUUAGAAUUAUGAUGAAAUGUGAAUAGUUACUGUUAGUAGUUGUUUUUUCUCUCUCUGUUUUAAGUAUUUCUGUUAGUUUUUAAAUUGUUACAAUAGCUCUCUGAAGCUCUCAUGAGUGACAAAGACAGAAUUUUUCCUGACAAUAUCUAGCAGACAGGUGAUGAGAUCAAAGACACAGAGCAAUUAGGGGAUUUCUAGUUGAUUGAACACCAAAUUUUCCAAACUAGCAUAAGAAGAAUUGAAUGGCAGACAGUAAGGAGAAUUAAUAAUGAGAUCUUACUGGUGAAAGGGAUAAACAUGCAGCACUUUGAGAAAAUAGAGUAGUACACGUAUCCUUUACAGGCACAAAUCCACAUAUCUAUUUUUGACAGUUUACUUACAACAUUCCUAUAUCAUACACAGUAAAAUGGCUCAAUGGAUUGCUAGAAGAAGAACCCCUAAAAUCCAGGAGCAGUAUCAAAAGAUUGGUGGUGGCUCUCCUAUCAAAAUGUGGACAGAAAAGCAAGGAGAGGGAAUGAUAAAACUGCUUGAUGACAUGUGCCCUGAUUCAGGUAUGUGUACAGGUGUAUGAUCAUGUUUCAUGAAAAGUAUGUUGUGAUUCAAAUCCUUUCUGCAUUUAUAAAAUUUUCAAAGUUUGAAUUUUUGCUCAUAGGCUGAGUGCAAAUUGUAGUCUUAAAAAAUCUACAAGUGUUUAUCUACACUUAAUUACAUGAAAAAUCAUGUAUUUAAAUAAUUUACAUUAAAAAAUCACAGAAAGUCGAUACAGAUGAAAUUAUUUGCACUCUUGUUACAACUUUGCACCUGUUACAAAUUUGCACUCAUCUUGCCUCCAGCCAAUCAGAAGCAUGUCAUUUUUUCAUGUAUAUUAUUAGAUAAAGAACAGUAAACCCUUAAUUUACAGAAGUAACUAUUACAUGUACAUGUAUGUAUCUUCUUAUUCAGCUCCUCACAAGUUUUACAUUGGAUUCCGUUAUGUGAAACCUUUAACCGAGGACACUUUGGAUCAGAUGGAAAGGUAGUUCAGUUUUGGAAUGUUUUUAUUGCACACAAUGAUCCAUCUCUCGAACAAUUACAUAUCUUAAGCAUUUAUCAGUGGAACUAAACACUUUUUCUAGGAGAGGGAAAAUUGAAGAACUUACCAAAAAAUAAUAAGUCCCGAAAUUAUAUUUUACUGUAUAUAUACAAUCAUUUGGCCUCUAAAGUGCAUAUAUCCUACAAGGGAGUAAGAUUUUGGCAAAAGAAAUUCCUUCAUUGGAAACAUGAAAAAUACAAAAGUGAGCAGGUAGAUAAUUUUACCCAACCCUGGAGGUAGCCUUUUGGGCACAUGUCAAAUUCUUGUCCUGUCCUGUUCUCUCGAUUUAAUCAGUGAUGGAAUAGAAAGAGCUGUGGCAUUCACUCAGUAUCCUCAGUACUCCUGUUCUACCACUGGAAGCAGUUUAAAUGCAAUCUACAGACAUUACAAGCAAAAGGGAGAAAAGCCUGGAAUCAAAUGGAGUGUCAUAGACAGAUGGCCUACUCAUCCAGGGCUUGUUCAGGUAUUUGUGGGAUUCUUCUCACGUGUUACCACAUCUUGCUUCUCCAGAUUGAUUUGUUGAGUUUCACUGUGUUAUUCAAUUAUUGGAAUGUUUUAGUAGCUUUUCAUGGUAAUUAAAUACUUUUUUGGGUUGAUUUUUUCUUUUCAUUGUUUGUUAUUCAUGGCAAUUUUUAAUGAUUUGGGAUUAAAGAGUUUGUUGUUGUUGUGAUUUGCUUCUUUGUUGAAGGCCUUUGCAGAAAAUGUCCGAGCUGAGUUAGCAAAGUUUCCUGCUGAUGUUCAAAAUGAAGUGGUUAUUCUGUUUUCUGCACACUCUCUUCCAAUGAAGGUAUGUUGUGGCUAAGUUAAUCUAAUAUUUUUAUGUCCAAGCUACAUUGUAAGUUAAAUUAAUUGGUUUUGAAACAAGUACAUAUCAAAUGAUUUCAAAAAUUAAAUUACAAUACAUUACAACCAUGUCAAAGUGGUUUUUGGUUCCUGAAAUGUCUAUAUCGGUAUAUAUAAAUAAUAUCCUAGAUAUUUCAUUUAAGUUAUAGUACAUUUUCUCAGGUAUUUGUCAUGGGCAAUUCUUGUUGUGAGAAGAUAAUGGAUUUUAAUGAGUGUGGCUUGUUUGAAGGGUUAGCUACAAGGAACAGAUAAUACACAAGGACAAUUUUAUACAAUUUUGUAAUCCUUCCAAUAUUUUUGUUCACACAUGAUUGUUAUCAACUUGUUGCAUGACUGAAUAUGCUGCUGCUAAAACUGGGGAAUAUCUAGUUAUAUUGUGUAAUACUCAAAAUUUUCAAAUCCCUACGUACAAUACAGUUUAAGUCUCUGAAACUCGCAGUUUUCCUUGAGCUGAUUUUUCAGUCUUUCUGCAACUUUUUGAGCAAACAAGCUCUCAUUUCUUUUGUAUUGACAACAACACACACUUUAAAUUCAACUUUGUACUUUGCAAUAUCAGAACUGAAGAUGACAGAUGAACUCUCGAAACAAAGAAAGUGUCAUUUAUUUUCUUAAAUUUGUUACGUAUCUGCUGCUUUCAAGACCUUUUGUUACAAAACCCUUAGACCAACUCAAAUUUUGAACAAGAAAUCUCUUCUUAUUGAAGUCAAGAAUACAAAUUGGGGAAUGGCACUUUCAUAAUAUCACCAAAUAUUCGCUAGUGUUGGGCAUGUUGUAUUCUGUCACUUCAUUCCUCUUGAGUAGUCAAUUGGCCAAGAAUGUUAGAAUUCAUCAUCAGGGUCAUGUGAGAAGUUGACUUGUCAGUCAAGUUUUAUGAGUUUGGCUUGUGUAAAUGAAUUGGUCAGUUAGUCAGGAAGCUAUAUAAAUCGAUAAUAAUAAUAAUAAUAAUAAUAAUAAUAGUAAUACUAAUAACAAUGAUAAUAAUAGUACAAAUAAUGAUGAUGGUAAUGAUCACUUUAGUAAUCACUACACUGACCAGAAUCUCUUUUGUGUUGCAGGUUGUGGAUAGAGGUGACCCAUAUCCUCAAGAAGUUGCUGCUACAGUACAGAGGGUGAUGGAAUCAUUAAACUACUCCCAUCCGUACAGACUUGUUUGGCAGUCAAAGGCGAGUGCCUCUUGUGGAUAAUACAAUUAGCUUAGUGGUCCUAUUUGACCUUCUGCAGGCUUGAAUUUGCUAAUUUAAGACAGCUGCGUUGUUAUGUUGGAUUAUAGGGCUCUUAGAUUUUGAAAGUUGACAGAAUUACAUGUUUGAAAAGCACCGUAACAUCUUUGCAAUGCGUUUGAUAUUGUUCGCACUUGAUGUACGAAAAGUUACUGUCAAAACAAGUUGCAAUAGUUAUCCUUUUUCUUUAAUCCUGAUUAUUAUUUUUCUGCAGGUAGGUCCCAUGCCAUGGUUGGGUCCUCAGACAGAAGAUUCCAUUAAGGGCCUCGCAAAGAAAGGGAAAAAGAACAUCCUUCUGGUUCCCAUCGCUUUCACCUCUGACCAUAUUGAGACACUUCAUGAGCUGGAUAUAGAGUAUGCAGAGGAGGUGGCACACGAGGUAAUGUUCACUAUUCUGGUGCCAAGGGUAAAUAAAGCCUUUUGUUAAAGGGAGUACAUUGUUCUUUUCGUUGCGGCACGAGCGGUAAAGCAUGGCAUUUCAACGGGCGAGCGAUUUGAGCGUAAAGGUUUUAGAAUUUUGAGUGCCACAUCCUUCUCCGACUUUUCAGCGACGGGUUUACUCGGAAAGCCGUCAUGAGUUUGCAGCUUUCGAAACAAAUCGAUGACACACGCUGUUGAGACAUGUCGCAACGGUUAUUAGUCCUUUUCCACUGAAAAUGUUUAUGAAAAUCAUUUGUCUCUUUGACAGAAAUUUUACCAGGCCCUUAUUUCAGCGACUAAGUGAUGUUCCCUAAAAAACCAAUAUAAACAUGUUUAAGUUAACUUAAUCAAAGCGGACUAUUCUUUUUAGUGUCCAAGGUAAUCUAUAUCGUACUCACGCAGGCGGAGAAAGAUUGAAUUUACUCUUAUGAUAUGAUUCUGGAUCUUAUAGGUUGGUAUCGAGAAUAUCCGAAGAGCAGCUUCACUGAAUGAUAGUCCAACUUUUAUCAAGGUUAGUGCGUUGAUUGAUACCAUGUUUCGUUUUGUUUUCUACUAUUUUUUAAUUUUUUUUCUUUUCGAGUGAUUGAUCAACCUCUAUCUGUCCUUCCACGUUGUGAGAUCUGAUAAAAACUCUUGUUCUUUCUCUUUUUGUUGAUAAUUCUUCCAAGAACAUGCCAGUUUCGCAGCCAUUGAUAUAUUUAAAUUGUGUUGUAUGAAUUGUUUAAGUCAAAGUGUUAAAAUCAUUCAGUCAUCAUUUACAUCACUUUCGUCUGUCCCAAAGUUAUGGAGAGGUUCAACUCAAAAUGUUUGGAGUUUUUUGAACGAGUGUAUCACGAAAGAAAUCCGAUAUUUUAGCGUGGCCUUACAGUAUUACGGCAAUCAUUGAAUGUCUCUUAUUUUUCUUUGCAGGCGAUGGCUGAUGUUGUAAAAGCUCAUUUGGAUUCAGGAGUCAAUUGUUCUCGCCAGCUUCCUCUUCGUUGCCCGAUGUGUGUGAAUCCUACCUGUGGCUUAGCCAAAGAAUUUUUCCUCAACCGCACGUUGUAAACUGCGCACAAAGAUAAAGGAAAGGGCUAUAAAAUUGCUUAAACAACGCAAAUGUUACGUUGAUUCCAACUAGACUCUCGAUCUGAACUUGAAGCCUAAGGUUAAUUCGAAAUAUCUUCAUCCAGUUUCAACAAUGCAUGGAUCCCUUUCACUUAGGGAAGCUAGCUCCGGUUUUAAGUUUUACAUCUGGCCUUUAUUUGAGGGCCCAGUUUUUCACAGGCUGAUAACAUAUCCAGCGGAUAAACCGCUAUCCAGCGGAUAAAUCGCUAUCCAGUGGAUAAAUCGCUAUCCAGCGGAUAAAUCGCUAUCCAACGGAUUUAACUAAACGAACUUCGCUAUCCACUGCAUAGUCAUAGAGAUUUAUCCGAUGGAUAGCGUUCUGUACCCUUCAAACAGCCGGAUUUGAUUCCCAAUCAUUUUUGUUGAAACCGUUUGUAACCCCCAGUAUCCUCAACCCUGUUUGUGGUGUUAGUAAUUAAGGGAAAUCCUGGUCAAAUUUCGUCACAAGUUUUCGUUGGCUUAAAUCCUGAUGCUUGUACGCGAAGGAAUUUUGAGGAAAACCAAUACAAAUUAGAAAUCUUCUCUUCACGGUAUGUGAUUAGGUAGCCUUUUUUCAUGAAUCAAUAUGAAGAACAAAUUAAUACCAUGAAUACCAAGUGCAGCUGUAGGUUAGCUAUUGGAUUGUUUACUCCGUUGAUAUGUUUUGUUUGACAAGUGAAAGCAUUAUUCUAUCGUUUGUGCUGUUUCAGAUUUUAAUGCCUAGGUCCUUUAUCUUUGAGUUGCCGCCGGGGCGGCUGCCUUUUAUGCCAGGCUCAAAACCAAGAAAUUUAGACAUCAGAAUAGGAGAAUUAUUUUAGAAACAAGAAGUAAUAUGCUCGAAAUAAAAGGCAUAUGAAAC